AUGUCGGCCAAGAUUCAAAAAGUGCUUGCGCGGCAGAAGAGCAAAAUUGAAGAAGGCGAAUUCUACGAAGCCCACCAACAACUGCGCACGAUUGCCAACCGCCAUGUCAAAUCCGCCGAUUAUGCCGCCGCCAUCGAUCUGCUCUCCUCCGGCGCUCAGAUGCUGCUCAAAGCGGGUCAAGGCGGGUCUGGCUCGGAUUUGUGCAUAUACCUGAUGGACGUCUAUUCCAAAGCAGACAUCCAGUCCGAUGUCACCAGCAAGGCGAGGAUUCUAUCCCUGUUGAAGGCUUUUCCCCCAAACGAGCCGAGUAAAAAGAAGUUUGUGGGCAGUAUCGUCGAAUGGUCCAGCAAAUCCAGUGAAUUCCCCGCCGGUGACCCGGAACUGCACCAUGUCAUCGGCCAACUAUUCGCGGAGGAAGGGGAAGUGUACGACGCCGAACGACAUCUCACGCUGGGAACAACCGACUCGGCCGCCGUCUUUGCCGACCUGGAAUACGCCUUUUACGCCUCCGACGAACCCUCAACAGCCUCGCAUUACGUUGCUCGCGCCGUUUUCCCCUACCUCCUCAUCGGUAACACCCGCUCCGCCAACAAAACCCUCCUGCUCUUCACCUCCAAACUCUCCUCCUCCCAUCCCGGUCUCGGAGUCCAGAGCAUCUCCUCCCCGUCCUCCGACAUCCGAAUCUACCCGUCCCUCCCCCUUCUCAACUUCCUCGGUCUCCUCCUCCUGGCCAUUCAACGCGGCUCCGCGGAUCUCUUUAAACAACUGAAAUCCCACUACGCCGCACAUCUCAAGGAAGUGGCAACGUGGGAAGAACCUCUGGCACAAAUCGGAGAAAUGUACUUUGGCAUCAAAAUCCCCAGCCAAAGUAACCCGAUGAUGGACAUGAUGAGUAGUAUGUUGAUGGGUGGCAACAAUCCUUUUGCCGCCAAAAAGAGGGAGGUCAAGCAGGUUGGUGCUGCUGCUACUGCGGAUGCUGCGAGUACUCCUGCGCCCGCGCCCGCUGUGGACUGA